UCCGCGGCGUCCGGGCGCGUCCUCGGCCGGGCGCGCGCCUGGGGCUCGGGCGGAGCAGAGGACGCGUGGAGCUGUGCGAGGACCCGCGGGCUGUGCAGUGCACCUAUGAUAUGUGUUUUAGAAAUACAUGUGUAAAUUUUGGUUUGAAUGAAAAAAUGUCUCUCAAUCCACCUAUAUUUCUCAAAGAAAGGGAAGAAAAUAAUUCAAAAUUUGUAGAAAUACAACAGUCACAAACUGCUCCCAUAGCUUCAGAAGAUCCUCUUCAAAACUUAUGCUUAGCUUCUCAAGAAGUUCUUCAAAAAGCUCAACAAAGUGGGAGAUCAAGGUGUCUCAAAUGCGGUGGUUCAAGAAUGUUCUACUGCUAUACGUGUUAUGUCCCAGUUGAAAACGUACCGCUUGAACAGAUGCCACUUGUGAAGCUUCCAUUGAAGAUUGACAUCAUUAAACAUCCAAAUGAAACAGAUGGCAAAAGUACUGCUAUACAUGCAAAACUCUUAGCACCUGACUUUGUAAAUAUCUACACUUAUCCUUGUAUUCCAGAAUAUGAAGAAAAGGACCAUGAAGUUGCACUUGUUUUUCCUGGGCCUAAGUCUGUCUCAAUAAAAGACAUUUCUUUUCACCUGCAAAAAAGGAUUCAAAAUAAUGUUAGAGGCAAAAAUGAUGACCCUGACAAGCCAUCUACUAAACGCAAGAAAACCGAAGAAGAGGAUUUGAAUGAUAGCAAGUUCAAAGACACAACACUGAAAAAAAUUAUAUUUAUAGAUAGUACGUGGAACCAAACAAACAAAAUAUUCACUGAUGAGAGACUUCAAGGGUUAUUACAAGUUGAGUUGAAAACAAGAAAAACUUGCUUUUGGCGCCAUCAAAAAGGAAAGCCAGAUACCUUCCUUUCCACAAUUGAAGCCAUUUACUACUUUCUGGUAGACUACCAUACUGAUAUAUUAAAAGAGAAAUACAAAGGACAAUAUGACAAUCUUUUAUUUUUCUACUCUUUUAUGUACCAGUUGAUAAAGAAUGCCAAAUGCUCUGGAGACAAGGAAACAAGAAAACUUACCCAUUAGUUUUUAAGAAGCCACUUAUGUCAUUUUAUUUUGCUAAAAUCAAUAAAUUUAUAAUUGUGCUUUGUUUAUUCUUAGGAAAUAUUCAUGUGUAAUGUCUGUCAGACCACUUGAUUAAAGAAGGUUUCAUUCA